AGUUGCUGGGAUAUAUUAUACAGAUAAGUGACGUGAAGUGCAGUGCAGUGCGAGUGUGAUGUGGGAAGCCUGAGCAUGGAGAGUGGUUUGCCGGCGUCCGACGCCGACGACGGCCCGCCGGGCUCGUCCGGCAGCGGUUCAUCGUCCGGUACCGGAUACUAUCACAAAAACGGCGAGUGGCGCGGCGAGCGGCGAUUACUAGACAUUACGAGAGACAAGCCAGUGAAGCUCUGCGUUCGAGUCGCGGUCCCCGUCAGGGACCAUCCCAAGUUCAACUUCGUCGGCAAGCUGUUGGGCCCAAAAGGCAACUCUCUGAAGAGGUUACAAGAAGAUACGCUAUGUAAGAUGGCCGUGCUCGGCCGUGGGUCCAUGAAAGACAGGCAGAAGGAAGAAGAGCUCCGCGUGUCAGGCGACCCGAAGUUCUCCCACUUAGCUGAAGAGCUGCACGUGGAAGUGAGCGCUUUCGCCACGCCCGCCGAGGCGCAUGCGCGUGUAGCGUACGCGCUUGCAGAACUACGACGGUUUUUAGUACCGGACUACAACGACGACAUACGACAAGAGCAGAUGCUGGAGAUGCAGUUGCUGGCACAGGCGCCGCGCUCGCCCCCCGCCACCCCGCCGCACCCCGCGCCCCGCCUCAGCCCGGCGCCGGAGGACCACAAACACAGGGCCGCAGGGCUGGCGUGCGCGUCGCUGGCGGGCGGUGCUCGCGACUACUCGCCGCCGCUCCCCGCGGCGCCCGAGCACCAACAUCAUCAGCUAGCAGCGAGUCAUGGAGUUCUGAUGGGGGGCGUGCUGCCGCCACACCUACUGCACAACUCCAUACUAGGUAGUAAUGGCGGGGAACUCCUGGGCCUGGGGUCGCCAGUGCUGCGGGGCGUGCUGCGCGCGCCGCCCGCGCCCCCUGCGCCCCCCGCGCCACAAGGUGCGGGUGGGGCUGCGACGGGUGCGGUGGUGGGGCGCAAGCGGCCGCUGCUGGGCGCCGCGCGCGCUAACAUGUCGCCGACGAAGCGCGCCGUCAUCACGCUGCUCGCGCGCGCUCGCGCCGCCGCGCACCGCCGCCCGCCCGCUUGGCGGCACGAACACGGCGCCCUGCUGCCACUACUGCGUGAGGAGUUUGCGGCGGCGGCGGGCGCGCCGCGCGUCAAUCUGGCGUAGUGCCCGCGCGAGCCUACCGUCGGCCUCGUAGUGCC